AUGACUGAAGGCGGUGAAUAUAAAAGAAGGCUUGAUCCUAAUGAGUGUGAGCCUGGCAUAUGUGUCCCUUAUAAUUGUGACCCGUAUGAAUGUGAGACAUGGAUUCAGAAACGCCUACGACGCGAAAAAGCACACAAACGACGAUUUGACACUGAUUCAUUAAAAAGGAACAUGGAUGCAACAAAGUCUGCCGCUUCUGCUGUCAGCACAUUUUUGAAGAACUGUAUUUGUUCAUUGAAAUUAAAUACAAAAAGGCUACAAAAUUCCCCUCACUUAAAAUUCGAAGUAAAACCUCAGCGCAGAAAUAAAAAUCAAUUCGCAAAAUUGGAGCCUUAUGAAUGUGAACCAAACACGUGCAUACCGGGUGAGUGUGAUCCUUAUGAAUGCGAAAAACGUAUAAGAAAAAGAUUAUUGCGUGAAAACGCUACAACUACAACGCAAGCGAAAACGACUUCUCAAUCUACAUUUACACGGAAUUUAAGGGCCCACAAGGGUGAUUAUGUUAAUAAACAAACCUACGAAAGACCCUCGCGAGUAAUGGUUCAAAAACUUGACAAACCAAAACAUGUAUAUCAACCUAAAGUCCCUUCGCAUUACGAAGGACAAAAACAAAGCGUUCGUAUAGGAUCGACGUUCAGUUUCGACGUAGAAUUUUUCAAAGAUAGAACGUUUGGUGAUCCUGCUUAUAGAAAAAGAAAAAAUGGUGUCCAUAGAGUUAGACAGUACGACACCGAAAGCAACAUGGCACGCAGAGCUAAGUACAGGACUAAGGGACAACAAUUUCGAGAUGGCUUUGGAAGAUAUGAUGCCUCACAGUUUGCAGGUAUACCAACCCAGUCUACUAGUACGAUUACCGAUCCACAACUCAAAAGAUGCUUUUGUACGUUACAAUUGCAUAAAAGUGCAGCCUCUGUUAAUGAAAUGAAAAGACAGCCAUUGCAAACGCAGAAUAAGAUGACACAUACCAAAAAUACUCUAUCUUAUAAUGUGACUUCACCGUAUGAAUGUCCACCUUUCAUGUGUGUUCCAAAUGAAUGUGACCCUUAUGAAUGUGAAAGAAAGUUACGAAAAUUAAAUAUCCGUUCUCAAGCAAUUGGGACUGAAGGAGGAAGACGAAAAAGAAAUAGAUACAUCGAUGCCUCCUCAGUAACGACUAGAACACAAAAAGUACAAUCGAACUUUGUGCAGAAACCUAAACAUUAUAAAGAAGGAAAUGUUGUAGAAGUACCGCGUUUUACAAACUACCUUAAAAAACAAAAUUGGCAGGGAGUAAAAGUUGGAUCUAACGUAUCUUUUAAUAUAGAAUUUUACAAAGAGUUUUCCCCACCAGGCCAAAAACGUAAGCCAAAAAAAAUUAAGGAGGUGGUGUAUGACGAACCACAUUUAGUUACAGGUGAUAGAGGAAAGUAUGCCACUAAAUAUGUUUCUCCUCCUCAUUUAAGAAACCUCCGUAACACUGAAUCGCAAGUUGAAGCAAGAGGAAUGGAAAAUAAAAGCUCUAAUACUAUAAAUAGGCUUAAACGUUGUUUUUGUACAUUAAAGCUACAAAAAAAUAGAUCAGCGCUUCCAGUGCCUUACCCACAAAGUUUCGAAGUACGUCGUGCUGAGGUACAAAACAAAAUGUUUCCAAAAGUGCCUUUUCCGCAAGCCUUUGAUGUAUUUCUGACUAAGACACAGAAAAAUCAAAUCAAGCCCAAAGAACAAAACACAGUUGAAGAAAAGGCAGUCGUUACCAAAAUCACUCGGAGUAAAGUAAAAAAAACAAAAUUUAAAAAUGAUAAUGAAAUGCAAACAAUUUUAUCAUACAAACCCAAGAAAUUUGAUAAAAAAGCCAGCAAAACAAUUCUCAUGGAAAAUAAAAUAAAUAAAAAAGAAAACAAAAAGAAGCAUCGUGGCAAGUUUUCCAAAAAAAAUCGACUAACAAGGAAACAAAGCAAGCUCGCUAUGAAUACCGAUAAGUCAUGUUAUUGUGAAAAAUUUGUCGGUCCCUUAAAAAAAUACCACAACCGUGUCAAAACCAACUAA